GCCACCAUGGUGAAGGAGACAGGUUACUACGACAUCCUUGGGGUGAAGCCCAACGCCACCUCAGAGGAGAUCAAACGCGCCUACCGCAAGCUGGCACUGAAGUACCAUCCUGACAAGAACCCCAGCGAGGGCGAGCGGUUUAAGCUCAUAUCCCAGGCUUAUGAAGUUCUGUCAGACCCCAAGAAAAGGGACCUCUAUGACCAGGGUGGGGAGCAAGCUAUUAAAGAAGGAGGCUUAAGUGGCGGCAAUUUCUCUUCACCCAUGGACAUCUUUGACAUGUUCUUUGGUGGUGGAGGCCGAAUGAAUAGAGAGAGACGAGGCAAGAACGUUGUGCACCAGUUGAGCGUGAGCCUCGAAGACUUGUAUAACGGGACCACCCGGAAGCUGGCGCUUCAGAAGAACGUGAUCUGCGACAAGUGUAAAGGCUAUGGUGGGAAGAAAGGGGCUGUGGAGAAGUGCCCCACCUGCAAAGGGCGUGGGGUGCAGGUGAUCGUGCAGCAGAUCGGGCCGGGCAUGGUGCAGCAGAUCCAGACGGUCUGCCCCGACUGCAAAGGCCAGGGCGAGCGCAUCAACCCCAGGGACAGGUGCACCACCUGCCACGGCAACAAGGUGGUGCGGGAGAAGAAGAUCUUAGAGAUCCACAUCGAAAAAGGAAUGAAAGAUGGUCAGAAAAUGGUGAUUCAUGGAGAGGGCGACCAAGAGCCCGACCUGGAGCCCGGAGAUGUCAUCAUCGUGCUUGACCAGAAGGACCACCCCAUGUUUCAGAGAAGAGGCCAUGACUUGAUUAUAAAAAUGAGCAUUCAGCUCACAGAGGCCUUGUGCGGUUUCAAAAAGACAGUUGAAACACUGGACGAGAGAGUCCUUGUGAUAACUUCCAGACCAGGUGAGGUGAUAAAACACGGAGACCUCAAAUGCGUCCAGAACGAAGGAAUGCCUAUUUACAAGAAUCCACUGGAAAAAGGUUCUCUGAUUAUACAAUUCUUGGUUGUCUUCCCGGAGAAAAACUGGCUUCCCCCAGAGCGGCUGCCUCUGCUAGAAGUCCUUCUCCCUCCCCGGGAGGACGUCAUGAUCACGGACGACAUGGACCAGGUCGACCUGGUCGAGUUCGACCCGAGGGAGCAGUCCCACCGCAGGCAUGGGGAAGUGUACGAAGAGGACGAGGAGGGGCCCAGGGCAGGCGUGCAGUGCCACACGUCUUAG